CAACUUUGCUAUUUUUGUUAUGCUCUAGUUGUCAAUAAAGCUAGCUUCAGGACCGUUACAUCACUUCCUGUUUUAGCUAAAAAGCACAGACUGCCACAGAAGCCAUUAGCCCGCAGCAAACUUGUCAUCUGUUUGCCUCUGGUGUUCAGGACUGACAUAUCAAUGUCGGUACACAUUGGACUCGGCUCCUGUCAAUCACAGAUGAUUUCCUUUUCGCCCUGGAACAGAUUGCAUUUGCCACUGUAGCUGCAGCACUCCAAAUGGACAGUUUUGUUUUGCAUGAUGCUGCCACACCCGCAGUACACUGAUAGGUGACGUUUUCAAAUGUGCCCAUACAUUCAUUGCCAGAAUGAUGCAACUUUUGGCUUUUUUUUAAAGAAAAUCUUUACUUUAAUACACUGCGUUUUGUCCGGCAGUCUCAGUGCUUAAGAGCAGGGGCAGUAGUAAGUGUGCUGGUCCCUGUCAGCCAAGAGUAAUGGUGAUGAUGAUGAUGGGAGUCGUGGGCCUCUGGGUGACCUCCAUCACCAAAUCACUGCUUUCCAGGCGCCUUGGAUGGAUGCUGCCGCUUAUCACCCACGCUUCAGGGGGGAGUGAUCCAUUCAUUAUACUUAAUUAACCGGCAACCCUUAAGCAUGCAAAGAUUGGCUGAUUUAGCAACAUUACAGCAUAGUUUUCUACAAAAACCUGAGAACAUUGUGUAUGCGGGGGAGCUCAUCAAAGCAUGUAGACAAGGCAAGUGUGUAUUAGGACCACAAAUCAGUUACAAUUAUUCUUAGUUGGCAAUGUCAUUAAAGUCGACCAAUCUCUUACCUGCAUGGAACAGAGGCAGUGUGCAUAAUUAAGAGCAGCUGUGGUUUGCAUGCUCUUUAUGUUAUGUAUAAAUGUGUUAUGUUCUGUUGAAUGGCUGGAAACUGAGCCAAAGCCUCUUAAACCUCAUCAUUUGAUUCUCCUUUUUUGUCCCCAUACGAGAUUCCUCCUUUAUUGGCAGGCAGGAAGUGGAAAAUCACAAGGAGAAUGAAUGCACCCUCUUCAAAAUAUAUAUUUCAUUCUGCAGUUUUAGCACUUCCACACUCUUUGGAGAGCUCUGCACAAUGUAAUUCGGAGCUCCAGGUCAGCAGCCCGCUGAAACGCCGGUGAUCUUGCAUGCUUCCCCGGGAGAGUGAAGCCGCAGAGCCCCGCAGCAGCUUGUCUAUUGCCCAUAAAAAAUCUCGGAUGUGUGAGACUGAAUGACAUUAGGGGGAAAUGGGCCGUAAAAUUAAAGAAUCCUGCAGAAGGGGAGAAGAGGGGUAUAGCAAAGCAACCCCCUCCCACUAACACACACACACACACACACACACACACACAUGCAGCAUCCAAUGCCCGUGAGCCGUGAGUGGAGAAUGCAUCCCCAAAACGUUGCAGAAAGGCAUCUUUCCCAGCCCAAAAACGCAGCUGCACCUUUUCUACACUUGUGACACUUUUGUGGCGCUCAUCUCAAGCUUCCAUGUUCCAGGACGACCAAAGAGACAUGGCCAAGCAACCACCGGCCGCCUGCGUCCCGGACGGAGCAGGGGGAUUUAAGACCGACAACGCACCCCGUCAGCCCGCCGCUCCUCACAGCCACCCGGCGCCUCCAUUGAACGACAGCCAAACUUUUUGUCCCACGGAAAAUAAACCCGGGGAACCGGACAGCAAUAAAGAGUAUGGGACGUUCAAGAACGCGGCACCGCCGGUCCCCGCCUCGGUUACAGCCAAUUCGGCCUUUCGUAAGGAUUCCACGGUUUCCAGCCGCGGGGAUGCCACGCAGCACACGGAGCAGAACAACACCGCUUCCAACUGGACCGCUAUGAGCCAGACCACCGUCAUACUGGGGACAGAUGGGAACAUGACAGUCCAAGCCGGCACCCUGAACCCGGCUGACGAUGACGAGGGAGGGGACGAGAAUAAGGCCAGAGGAAACUGGUCCAAUAAACUGGAUUUUAUUCUGUCCAUGGUGGGCUAUGCUGUGGGACUUGGAAACGUGUGGAGAUUCCCUUAUCUUGCCUUCCAGAAUGGUGGAGGUGCAUUUUUGAUCCCCUACCUGACAAUGUUGGGCAUUGCCGGCAUUCCAAUAUUUUUACUGGAAGUGUCCCUGGGCCAGUUUGCCAGCCAAGGCCCGGUGUCGGUGUGGAAGUGCAUCCCAGCACUACAAGGUUGCGGGAUUGCCAUGUUGAUAGUAUCUGUCUUGAUAGCCAUAUACUAUAAUAUUAUUAUGUGCUGGACACUGUACUACCUGUUCGCUUCGUUGAAGGGCUCACUGCCAUGGGCUAACUGUAGGAAUGCGUGGAACACCGGCGAAUGUAAGGACAAAGAAAUGCUGCUGUUAGACUCCUGCAUCCUGUGGAAGGAAAACACCACUUCCAUCAAGAACUCCACGUUUUGUAUUUCUGCUGAAGCUGCUGGAAGUCUCAAGAACCUAUUAAACAUGGCCACAAGAGCUGAAAAUACCUAUGUCAGUCCCAGUGAAGAGUACUUCAAAUACAAUGUACUGCACAUCUCGAAAGGCAUUGAAUAUCCAGGAGACAUUCGUUGGCCUCUGGCAGGCUGUCUUUUUCUGGCUUGGGUGAUUGUCUACUCCUCAUUGGCCAAGGGAAUUAAAUCAUCGGGAAAGGUGGUGUAUUUUACAGCCACCUUUCCCUAUGUGGUACUGGUGAUCCUGUUGAUUAGAGGUGUGACCCUCCCCGGGGCCGCUGACGGUAUUCUUUACUUCAUCACCCCAAAGUGGGAGAAACUUAUGGAUGGAAAGGUGUGGAAAGACGCAGCCACUCAAAUCUUUUUCUCAUUGUCGGCUGCUUGGGGAGGCCUCAUCACGCUCUCCUCCUACAAUAAGUUCCACAAUAACUGCUACAGGGACACUAUUAUAGUCACAUGUACAAACAGCGCCACCAGUAUAUUUGCUGGCUUUGUCAUCUUUUCUGUCAUUGGCUUCAUGGCAAAUGAGUUGAAUGUGCCAAUUGACAAAGUGGCGGAUGAAGGCCCAGGCAUAGCAUUCGUGGUGUAUCCAGAGGCUCUGACCAGACUUCCCUUGUCUCCCUUCUGGGCUAUCAUCUUCUUUCUCAUGCUUCUCACUCUUGGCCUGGAUACCAUGUUUGCAACCAUCGAGACCAUUGUGACCUCGGUAUCAGACGAGUUCCCCAAAUACUUGAGGACACACAAGCCACUCUUCACAUUGGUCUGCUGUUUGGCCUUCUUCAUCCUGGGAUUCCCCAUGAUCACAGAGAGUGGCAUGUACAUGCUGCAGUUGGUGGACACUUAUGCGGCCUCCUACUCUUUGGUCAUCAUCGCCAUUUUCGAGCUGGUGGGGAUUUCUUACCUCUAUGGGCUACAAAGGUUUUGCGAGGAUAUUGAAAUGAUGAUUGGUUUUCAGCCGAGCCGCUUCUGGAGACUCUGCUGGGCAUUUGUGACACCAACCAUUCUGACGGGCAUUUUGAUCCUGAGUCUGUAUCAGUGGAAGGUGAUGACCUACGAGGACUAUACCUACCCCACCUGGUCCAUGGUUCUGGGCUGGCUCAUGGUCAUCUGUUCUGUCAUCUGGAUCCCCAUCAUGUUUGUCAUCAAGAUGUACCUCGCCCCUGGCUCCCUAAUUGAGCGUUUGAAGCUGGUCUGCUCUCCUCAGCCAGACUGGGGUCCCUUCCUCAUGAAGCAUCGUGGAGAACGCUACAAGAACAUGAUCGACCCAUUGGGCACCAACUCCCUCGGCCUGAAACUGCCUCGUAAGGAUUUACAGCUCGGUUCGUACCAGUAACAGCGGUCCUGGGAGAUCCACACCCAACAGCUGUAAGCCCUGGUGGGUGGGAACACCAGGAGAAAACCACAUGGCCUCUUUGAGACAACCUUUCAUUUUCUCUCUCUUCUUUAUUCCACUAUGUGCUUCACCGCCAUGUUCCCUUGUUCAAAGUGUGAAUUCGGGAAGCUUUUUCCUUUAGUCCCUUUCCCUACUUGCUGUUCUCUCAGGGAGGAGGGUGUGCUGCUCAAUUAACAGUCUACCAUUGCCUCCCACACAUGACCAUUGAAUACACCACCACCUUUCCGUGGGACUCGGAUUCUUUGUGUCAUAAAAGGAGAGCACAGUGUGAACCUGCAAUAUUACACUUACCUUAGCUGCUCCCGAUGGAGUCACAUGUGUACGUGGCCGUGUGUGCAUACACACGCUGCCUGUGUGCGUUACUGUAUUUGUGUGUUUGAAAAUAAUGAAUAGCCUCAGCACAAGCUGACAGAGGAAAACAAAAAGCAACUUGACUGACAGAGAAACAAAGGUUGAAAGGAUUCUUGUUUCGUUUCAUCCUCCAUACAUGUUCAUAUACUGGCAGUACAAAGAAAGACUGUCUCUUAAAAUAAAUAAAAAAAAACAACAGUAAACAGUGUUAUAUAGGUAGUGUUUAGCUGCUGUUGCUCCCUGACAAAUAGUGAUACCACAUGGAGAUUAGAAAUGAGGAAUCUGUGCCUCCUAGCUCCGUGUAAAGCAGCGAACGCACCACCAUCAACCACCUCCAUGAGAAACGCUCUGGCCUCGGAUGACUCAUAGACGCUCGGGUCUGUUUUUGUCUCGGAAAUCCAGCGGAUAUUUGUGAUCCCCCUCUGAUUUUUCAGCUAGUAUCCGUCUUCCAGCAUAAUGUAGGCAAUGCCAAUUGUAUUAAAGCACUAAAGUAGUCUCAUCUGUCCUUUAGUUGAUGAUAAAGAAGCCAUUUAACCUUUUUAAAUCUCUUCAAACUCAGCCUGGUAGUCACUCUGUGCAUAUAUUUUAGAUUGUGUAUUUAUGGCAGUAUUGUAUGUGUUGUGAAAAUUCACAAUGUGCACUGCAUUAGUAGAUAACAGUAUAAGAGAAAAAUAUGCAUACACAUGAAUAUAUCUGUAGCUUUUAGCAGAGGAGAGUGCCAGCGCCACAGAUUGAAUGUGUGCGUGUUGUAUGUGUAGAUGUAUAAAGUGUAGAUCUUGUGUGUCGUCACGUGCCCACAACGUUUCGGAGCGGCUGUUACAACAGGUGACUGGGCGGCGACGAGACGAGAGAAACGCUUCUCGUUUCCCUGGUGUGUUUUUUGUCAUCGUUGUUUGAGAAGUCUCUUGAGACUUUGCCAUUUCAGAUAAAUGCCUCUUGCUUCUUCUCUGUGUCCUGGCUCUCAGGUAUACACAAUUCCAUCAAAUGACUGCUAGAUGAGAGAAUGACAGCAUUCAGACUCCGGUGUUGGGCAGAUGACAUUAAAGGUAAUUCGUCAGGGAAAGUCAUUAUUGUGGUCUCUGCUGUUGAGAGAUGUGUUACGAGAUUAUUUAGGUUGCACGAUUCUGUACCAAAACGCAGGGCGGCAGUGUUUGGCAAAAUGAAGCAACAUCCAGAUUGUUGACUAUAGACAUCAGUGCCACAUUUCGCUGUCGGUAACAUAUUUAACAUUCAGCGCAGGCUUCGGGUGACAGUCUGGUUCUGUGAAAUGACAGCAGUUAGGUAUGUUGCUUGUUUCUUGGCAAAAAUUAGCACCUGCAAAGAGUGCGUAUGUCUUAUACCACUGUAACAAGUAGACGUACCUUCAGUCUCCGUCAAGUUAAUUUAUAGAGCACAAUUCCUUUGCAGCAAAAGCACUUUGAAGCUUUUAUGGUGACUACAGUUGGACCAGUUGGACAUGUAUUUCCACACUGGCACAAUGUUGUGAUGGGCUUGUUCUUCCAAAAUGCCUUUAACACUGCAGGUGUUUGUUUAAGGCUUCAGUGGAUUCUGUUGAUUUGCAAUAAUAGUUCAUCAGAGAUGGGAAAGUCUCCCUGAUUCUCUAAGCCAGUGAUUUUCAACCACUGUGCCGCGGCACACUAGUGUACCUUGAGAAACCGAAUUAUCCAAUAUCACUUUUUAUGGUUAACAUUUAUUAAUCAUCAUUUGCAAAUAUUAUGUCAAUAGCCAUGAAUAUAUGGACCCAAAUAUUCCAAUUGCAUUUGGUAUAUUUGCUCAAACGGAAAGCAUUGAACAGGGAUGGAAUAUUCCUUUAACCAAUCCGAUUCAGGUAUCUUGUUCGUGGUGUUUUUCUUCUUCUGUUGUUUAUUGGCGGUUGGCAAGCAGCUUUCCUGUGCAUUACCACCAUCUGUGAAACAGAAUCUAAACCCUUCUAUACUUUACUCACAAGUCCAGUUUUAUUAAAAAAGAAAAUAUAUAUCUAUAUAAAACAUGUCCCGAGUUUAAUUAUAAAAUAUUAGCAAGAUUGAAUUUGAUCUUUUCCUGUUUAAAUUUAUCCCGGGUGCGUUCUUUCAGCGCAUGCUCAGAUAUGACGUAACACGCAGAUCCAGACGUUCUUCACUUUUAAAAAUGGAGGCCAGCAAUCGGCACUGGACUAAGCAAAGUUUGUUUUUGAUUCUAACUAAAUUUCAAGACUGGACAGACGAAAAACUGUCAAUACGGAGUUAUUCCAACAAGUGAAAGAAAAACUUGGGGAAGCCGGUAUCACGUGAUGUUGAUGUUUACGUUUUACUGGGCAUGCCCUAUUGACUAUUCUGUUUGAUUUUCACGGCGCAUGUAGACAAGAGAUUGGAAUAUUCCUUUCCAUGGAUACCAUUGUUUCCCGAAAGGUCAUUCGGAAAGAGAAAAAGUGGUGAUGUAAAAACGUGGCUACUGUGGAGUGUCUGUGGUGUAAAGACUGGCAGAGCAAUGUAAUAUUGGUCCGUGUGGCAACACCUACCUUGUUCCUCCCAUAGACUUAUUGAUGCACGUGUGAGGUCGUGGUGACAUUUUGGAACAUUUUUGGUUAGUGGUGUGCCACAAGGUUUUUCCAAUGUAAAAAAAACGUGCCGUGGCUCAAAAAAGGUUGAAAAACACUGCUCUAAGCCAUGUCAUGUAUGUUUGCGAACACAGAAAAAAAAUCUGAUUCAAGAGGUUGUGAAAGCAAAACAAUGCGCACAUUUGACAAGAGUCACACCAGACAUUCCUGUUGGUAAAUAGCUUGCUUGCUCCAGGGUGUUGCUUUAUUCAGCUCUUGUAUUUAGCUUGAUUCAUUCAAACGUGAUGAUGAGUGUAUGCUUGCGUGUGCGUGUUUGCUUUAGUGUUAGUUUUACUCAACUCAAGUAUCAAUCAGAUUGUUUGCAGGGGCCGUCUUUGGGUGCACAUGUGCAGGAAUACCCAUAGCCGCCCUUUCCCAGAAAAAUAUCUAAGCAUUGGUGAAAGGAUCAUGUGUUGGAAGUACAGUAAACCUCGGAUAUAUCGGAUUCAAUUGUUCCCACUGGUUUUGUCCGAUAUAAGCGAAAUCCGUUAUAUGCGUAUACCGGAAAAUGUCCGUUUUAUGCAUAUAUCGGAUUUAUAUCCGGUAUAUGCGUAAAUCGGAUUUUAUCCGUUAUAAAAAGGCACUUCCUUGACUAUGUUUCCAAUGUACCU